AUGCAGCUUCUUCUCCAGCAGACGCAGAAGCAGUUUCUUCCAGUGCAUAAUUUUCAUGGCGCUCGUCCCCUCAAGCUCUUGCCCACGGCCAUGGCCACGGCGGCCUUGCCCCCUCCUCCUCCGUCCAAACUCAGUCGCGUUUCUUUUAAAUUACCCGCAACUUCCAACUCCCGGUUGUUGCCCUGCAGAUUGAAAGGCGAUUCAGAUUCAGACAUGAUAUCGCAGCUGGAAAUGGGGAAAGCCAACAUCAAAAGGAAAACUGAGAAGCGAGUCAAUGGCGUUUUCUGGAUUCUGCUUAUUAAUCUUGGCAUAUAUUUGGCAGAUCACGUUUUCCAGGUUCAUUUGAUUAAGGAACUGUAUCUAUACCAUAACCAGCCUGCUUGGUACCAGUUUAUAACUGCUACAUUCUGUCAUUUUAAUUGGAGCCAUCUUUCGAGCAAUCUGUUUUUCUUGUAUAUUUUUGGAAAACUUGUUGAAGAAGAAGAAGGAAAUUUUGCUCUGUGGCUUUCGUAUAUCUUGACAGGAGCUGGGGCGAAUCUUGUCUCAUGGUUAGUUCUUCCUAGAAAUGCAGUAUCUAUUGGAGCAUCAGGGGCCGUUUUUGGACUCUUUGCUGUCAGUGUCCUGGUGAAGAUGUCGUGGGACUGGAGGAAGAUCCUUGAGGUUCUGAUAUUGGGCCAAUUUGUUGUGGAGAAGGUGAUGGAAGCAGCCCAAGCAUCGGCAAGCUUAGGUGGAAGCUUCAAAGGAGGUUUUGCUCUGCAGAAUGUGAACCACAUUGCGCAUCUCUCGGGUGCCCUUAUUGGCGUCUUUCUAAUAUGGCUCCUUAGCGCUGUUCCUUCACCAACUGAUGAUAAAUGA